AUCUCGCCCCGCUUUGUCAUUCUUUCCCUCAAAUCUCGACCGCGAACCCAAAAAUUUCAGUUCGUUUCUUAGCCGCUCUCUCCGUUCAUCGCUCUAACCGAAUAAAGAGAAAUACAGAGAGAACCCUAACCCGCGCUUUCUCCAAUCGGAUCUCACUCCCGGACUUGUGUUUGUAUAUUCUCUGUAAAAUAUCAGAUCUGCAGUUGUUAAAGUCUGCUUUAAAGGCCUUCGGUGGUCGUCGUUCUGGAUCUCGAAGAACUGUUCGUGUUUUUUGUUCAGAUUCGCUACUUUUUUUUAUAUUUUGUUAUGGUUUUUUGAAUAUUCAGGUGAACGGUUCAGGCGGUUUUUGCGUUGUUUGAAUAGGUAGUUUCUUGGAUUGUCGCGGCUGAUGUGGGGUUUAUUGGGUUGAAUUAGGCGGUUGGGUUCAAUUCCGUUGUCGGUUGGAGGAAGUUCACGUUCUAAUCCAAUCAAGAUUGGGGCAAUUCAUAACGUAAUUGGAUUAGGGUUUUUUUUUUCUUACUCCGAUUUGACGUUUUGAAUGCUGUGGCGGAGUUUUGAACUGUCAAUAUUGACAGAGGACUUGUGUUUGGAUGGGAGAAGAGGAAGGGGAAGUCUGUGCUGCAGUCCCGAACGGCGGAGGAAUGGAAGAUGAGGAUUCCCCGAGAAAUGAAUCGAAGCGUGAUCAUGAAUGUCUAGGGGACGGGACUGAGCCGGAGCCUUGCGCUAAGAAGCUGGCGAGAGAAGUUUUUAAUGAUAACGACAAGACUGAGCCGGAGCUUUGCACUAAAGAGCAGAGCGAAGAACCUUUAAAUGACACUGAAUUUCAGUUUUGUGCUAAGAAUCAGGUUAAGGAAGCUUCAACUGAUGACGUGUGCUCAGAGGUUUCAAACCCAAAUUUGUCUCCAAGAGACAAUGCAUGCAGCUUUCAGACUAUUAGUAGUCAAGCGGCUGUGUUGGCGAGCAAUAGCCAGGCUGGUUCUGGUGAAAUCUCGUCUACAUGUUCUGGGAAUUCAAGCACUGAGGAUAGCUUAAGUGAAGAAGAGCAAAUAAAAAGCGAUAAGCCUGGAUCAGUUUCUAUGUCUCAUUUUGUGCUUGAGAUUCCCAAAAAUGUCAGCUCCACUGGUAUCAGGAAAAUUACCUUCAAAUUCAGCAAACGCAAGGAGGACUAUGAUAAUCAGUUGUCUGAAUUAGCUGCACAGCCUGUGACUGAUGGGGAUUGCAGUGAUUUUGACAGAGUGCCCCGUUGGAAUCCUUUGGCAGUAGCUGACGUCAAUGCAGAAACAAGUCCUUCAUGCCAUCCCAAUUUGGAGUUGAAAAUGUGUAAGAAGGUUUUUCCAGAUGCCUACCCUACCAAUGUUAAAAAGCUAUUAUCAACUAGGAUUCUGGAAGGUGCUCGAGUGAAGUAUAUUUCUUCUACUUCAAGGGAGAGAGAGGUUCCCGGAGUAAUAAAAGGCUGGGGGUAUCUGUGUGGAUGUUCAAUGUGCAAUUUCUCCAAAAUUGUGAGUGCAUAUGAAUUUGAGCUGCAUGCUGGUGGGAAAACUAGACACCCAAAUAAUCACAUAUACUUGGAGAAUGGGAAGCCAAUUUAUAGUAUAAUCCAAGAACUUAAGGCUGCACCUCUCAGUGUACUAGAUGAGGCAAUAAAGAAUGUUGCUGGUUCAUCGGUCAAUGAAGAAUUUUUCCAAGCUUGGAAAGCAAGCCUACAACAAAAUGGUGAUAUAGUUAAAUCAGAGAAGAAGCAUCAUAUAAAGGAUGCUGGGUUACAUUAUUCCUCAGCAAGCUGCAGUGGCCAUGCAACUGAGGACAGCCAGAGUCCUACUUCAUGUUCCUAUGUCCAAAAUUUUGCUUUUAACCAUCAAAACUGCAUUAAGGAGGUGACAGAGGGGCGGAAACGGGUGGCUAAGAAGUUUGUUUUCUGCCUGACAAGCUUCCACUUCUCUAGCUCAGCUGUGCAUCGGAAAAGAGUUUCUGAAGGUGGCACUAAGAAAAGGGAUAAUGACUUGCAUCGGUUACUAUUCAUGCCUAAUGGAUUACCAGAUGGGGCUGAAUUGGCUUAUUAUGCCAAAGGACAGAAAAUUCUUGGGGGCUACAAACAAGGAAAUGGAAUUGUCUGUAGUUGUUGUGACACAGAGAUUAGUCCUUCACAGUUCGAAGCUCAUGCUGGAUGGUCUGCUAGACGUCAACCCUAUCGCAACAUCUAUACUUCUAGUGGGCUGACACUUCAUGAUAUAGCCUUGUCAUUGGCAAAUGGACAAAAUCUGGCUACAGGCAACAGCGACGAUAUGUGUGCAGUAUGCGGAGAUGGAGGGGACCUGAUUAUUUGUGAUGGAUGCCCUCGGGCAUUUCAUGCAGCUUGCUUGGAUUUGCAGUUUGCCCCUAAAGGUGAUUGGUACUGUGCUUAUUGCAGAGAUAAAGUCAGUCCUGGUCGAAAAUAUGCUGGAGAGCCCUUGAAUAUGGGAAGGCAUAUUAUAAUCCGUCUGACACGAGUCGUUAAAGCUCCAGAAUCUGAAGUGGGUGGUUGUGUGGUUUGCAGGGCUCACGAUUUUAGUGUUGAAAAAUUUGACGAUCGAACUGUUAUGCUUUGUGACCAAUGUGAAAAGGAGUAUCAUGUUGGUUGCUUGAGGGAUAGUGGGCUUUGCGACUUAAAAGAGCUGCCCAAGGAUAAGUGGUUUUGCCGUGAUGAUUGCCAUAGGAUUCAUGUGGCACUACAGAAUUUGGUUUUAUUGGGACCCGAAAUGAUCCCAGAUUCAGUUUCAAAUGCAAUAAGGAAGAGGCAUGUUGAGAAAGGAUUUACUGAUGGAGCUGCAAGUGAUGUUCAAUGGAGAGUUUUAAGCGGGAGAAGCCGUUAUCCAGAACAUCUGCCGCUGUUAUCCAGGGCUACAGCUAUUUUCAGGGAAUGUUUUGAUCCUAUUGUUGCAAGAUCUGGUCGUGACCUGAUACCUGUCAUGGUAUAUGGGAGAAAUAUUUCUGGGCAAGAAUUUGGUGGGAUGUAUUGUGUUGUUUUAAUUGUGAAGUCAGUUGUUGUAUCUGCUGGUCUCCUGAGGAUAUUUGGGAGAGAGGUAGCUGAGCUUCCUAUAGUAGCUACAAGUAGAGAAAAUCAAGGAAAAGGAUAUUUCCAAGCAUUAUUUGCAUGUAUUGAGAUACUGUUGUAUUCGCUGAAUGUCGAAAACCUUGUACUUCCUGCUGCUGAGGAGGCCGAAUCAAUCUGGACAAAGAAGCUAGGCUUCAGAAAGAUGAGUGAUGAACAGAUGUUGAAGUAUACAAGGGAGCUUCAGCUGACGAUCUUCAAGGGGACAUCAAUGCUAGAGAAACGGGUGGAGCAAAGAGCAGAUUAGACUUAAAGAGGAAGAAGAAGAAGAGCGUCACUUUGGCCGAAUGGGGGGUUCUCAUUGCGAGAGCAAAAGGGAUAGGAAGUAGGGAUCCAUUUGUUCAUUCUUGUUUGCUUUUUCUGAGUUUUCGUCCAAUGUAUAUUUUGCUGCCAGUUUGUUUGUUUCUUUGAUCAGCAGCUAGCUAGCUAGCUAGCCCCGCCUCUGUUCAAUGUACAACCUCUGCAAGCUGCAAAAGGGGAGGGAAGAAACUGUAACAGUGCAUGCUGGUCUUUUUAAUAUGCAUGCAUGCAUGAAUGAAUUCUGUUUUCUUUUCUUUCUUUUUUUUUUCUUUUUCUGGGUUUCCCUCCUGCUUUCGGAUCUUCUGUUGCUUUUGGGUGGAAUUUUAGAUGAAAAUAUAAUAAUUGCUCCAGCUCCA